CUCUUAAAAUUUCGACAUCUUUCAGGAAUUUAAUUUACAGUUAUGUUUGACGUUAACAUUUUAUUAAGUUAUUUUCUUAAAUUUUAUUCCCUAUUUUUUUAUAGUAUAGUAUUAAAUGUAAAAUGACAGUUUACUCAAAAAUUAUAAGAAAUUAAUAAUAAAUAAUAUAUAGAGAAAAUUGUGUAUAAGUACGCGUAUAAAAAUAAAAAGUCUAGUAAAAUGACAGUUAAACAUGUCAAAAAAGAAGAUUCAAUAAAACAGAAUGUUAAAGAAACGACGACAACAACAGAUUUGCAAUGGUGGCUUAUUUUUAUUAUUAUUGUUAUCUUAACUGCCGGUACCAGAUUUUAUAAGGUCACCGAACCACAUCACGUGUGUUGGGAUGAAACGCAUUUUGGAAAAAUGGGAAGUUGGUAUAUUAAUAGAACAUUUUUCUUUGACGUUCAUCCUCCACUUGGAAAGAUGUUAAUAGCACUUUCUGGUUAUUUAACUGGAUACGAUGGAAAAUUUCCAUUUGAAAAACCUGGAGAUAAAUAUGAAAAUGUCAAUUAUGUGGGAAUGCGUGUGUUUUGUACAUUUUUGGGAGCAACAAUUGUUCCUCUUGCCUUUCUCACUGUUUGGGAUUUAACAAAAUCCCUGAGAGCUGCCACAAUAUCGGGUCUUCUUAUUUUAUUUGAUAUUGGACUUUUAACACUAAAUCAAUAUAUUCUUUUGGAUCCAAUUCUCUUAUGUUUUAUGAUGUGUUCAACGUGGGGAAUGUCUCGCGUUAGUUCUUAUAAGGAUAGUCCUUUUACAAUUACUUGGUGGGGUUGGAUGAUAUUUACUGGAAUUUCUCUUGCAUGUACAAUAAGUGUGAAAUUUGUUGGAUUAUUUGUUGUUCUUCUUGUUGGACUUUAUACUGUUUUUGAACUUUGGAGGGAGCUUGGAAAUUUGAAAAUGCCAAUUUCGAACGUUGGAAAACAUUUGUUGGCAAGGUGCAUGUGUUUAAUUGUUCUACCAAUUUUACUUUACAUCACGUUCUUUUACAUACAUUUGACAGUUCUAAAUAAAAGCGGAAGUGGAGAUGGAUUUUACAGUUCGGAAUUUCAAUCACUUCUCAAAGGAAAUUCUCUUCAUAAUGCAACAAUGCCAAGACAAUUGGCUUAUGGUGCGACAAUAACAUUAAAAAAUCAUAGAACCGGUGGCGGUUAUUUGCAUUCACAUUGGCAUAUUUAUCCAGAAGGAAUUGGCGCUCGACAACAGCAGAUUACUACCUAUUCGCACAAGGAUGAUAAUAAUUUAUGGCUAGUGAAAAAAUAUGACACUGAGGAAAUAUCUGAUAAGCCAAUUUUGGUAAAACACGGCGAUUUAAUUCGUUUGGAACAUGUGGUUACAAGACGAAAUUUACAUUCUCAUUCAGAAAUUGCUCCCGUUUCGAAAAGACACUAUCAAGUCACUGGCUACGGAGAGAAUGGAACUGGAGACGCAAAUGACGUGUGGAAAGUGUUAAUAAUUCAUGGAAAAGAUGGAGACAUUGUUGAAACAGUGACGAGUAAAUUGAAAUUUGUUCAUUAUUUACAAAAUUGUGCCUUGACCUGCAGCGGUAAAACUUUGCCAAAAUGGGCAUUUAGUCAACAAGAAGUUUCCUGUAAUCCAAAUAUGAGAGACAAAAAUGCUCUCUGGAAUAUUGAGGAUAAUAAUUUUGCAAAAUUGCCAAAUGUGAGUUUUCAAUUAUAUGCGCCUGGAUUUUUUAAAAGAUUUCUCGAAUCUCACGCCGUUAUGUUGCAAGGAAAUUCUGAUUUAAAAGUCAAAGAGGGAGAAAUUUCUUCUAAACCCUGGCAUUGGCCGAUUAAUUAUCGGGGACAAUUUUUCUCCGGCAAUGAACAACGAAUUUAUUUAUUGGGCAAUCCAUUAAUUUGGUGGGGAAAUUUAGUGUUUUUAGUGGUGUAUAUUAUUUUUUAUAUUCACGCUGCCGUAAGGGAGAAACGUGGAAUUAAAGAAACUUUGGAAUCAUUGAAACAACGUGAAAAAAUUAUGAACGCUGGCAUUUGGCUUUUUAUUGGUUGGAUUUUACAUUAUGCGCCAUUUUGGACAAUGACAAGAAUAUUGUAUUUUCAUCAUUAUUUCCCGGCAUUAAUAUUUAAUUCAAUGCUCACGGCCGUUACACUUGAUCAUAUUGCCGAGAGUAUUUUAAUUUAUCUUCCAAAUCGAAUUGGCGAUACGAUUUAUCAUGUUCUUGCCGCUAUUUUUAUAUCCACUGUUUCAUACAGUUUCUAUUUAUUUUCGCCAUUAGCUUAUGGAAUGGAGGGACCAUCAGCUGUUGAUACAAAAAGUUCAAUGCAUUCAUUACGAUGGAUGGACACUUGGGAAUUUUAAUGUGACAAAAAAAAAUUAUUUAUUAAUUAUUAUUAUUAUUAUUAUUAAGAAUCGACAGUCUGAUAACGUAUGUACUAUUUAAAUUUGUUUAUUAUUUUAUUUUAUUCUUCAAAAGGGUAUUUUUUUUGAUAUAUAUAUUUAGAUAUAUAGAACAAAUUUUUUACUUUUUUAAAUUGUUUUAUAUUUUGU